CCAGAUGCAUCUUCAGAACACCUUGAUUUUUUUUUGACCAAAAUUGAUGGCACGUCCUGCCUCUCUCUUGAUGAUCUCACAACAACGGCUCGAAUCGCGCGGCCGCUGGACACGAUCCCCGACUCUGAAAGAGACGGCCUGGACCACGCGCUGAACGUCCUCCACCUCAAGGUCUUAGCCUCCGAUGUCGGUUUCCCGGUGAGCGUCUUUGGGACCGUGCUGAUGAGAGAUGAACUGGACUUCAAAUGCAUCUACCUCUUCCAACGCGACAGAGAAAAUUGCCAGGUCAUCAGUUCGCCGGGUGAAAUGCUAGCUCUGACGGGGCCUAACCGAGGGCCGUUUGAGGCGUCUCCUUUUUAUUUCGAGAUCAACUUGAAGAUCAGGGGCGAGGAACAAACCAUGGACAGAGUUUUCAGCAGGACCUUGAUAACUGAAGAUUAUCCCCUUGAUCAAUGGACUAAGAAACAAGAAGUUUCAAGCUGGCUGAGUACGCUAGAGUUUGCGUACAGAUCCGUGCAUUACGCUGUGGAGGCUACUGUGGGAAUCAAAAUCCUGAGAGGGCCGCGAGAAUUUCACGGGAGCUUGGUGGCUUGCACUUCUGAAGAUUCGAGUGAGAUGGUGCUAUACGACUGUGAACGCUGGGGUGCCACCGCCACGAAUGCUGCAGAUGGUUCGGUGACUCUGACUCGCCCUUGGUAGUUCUGCGUGAAGAUGAGUAUCUGGUCCUCAAAGUUAGUUCUUUCGGCCGUGGCCAUAGAGCUAACCCAAGACCGCUGUACUUACCGUUGAGCAUUGUGAUAGAUCACUCGAUGUAAAACUGGGCCGUUAUCAGUUGCAGGUCAGGCAUUCAUGCUUUGCAUAAUUAAUCGUAGCCCAGAUGUGAACACCGUGCAGUACGUGCAAGGACAAGGUUUACAAGUUUUUGAGAGGAACAAGGUUUACAAGUACAACAUGUACUCAACUAGCGCUAGGAUAUUUGUGUCAAAGAUAGAAAUAAAGGGGGCGAGGUGAUUGUGA